CAAACCUUGAAAUCGAUUGUCAUCUCUUUCUGGCCUACACACCACACAAGAGUAACCACAGAACUUCUUAAGAAAAGGCCGUUGUUUUGUUAGAUAGUAGAAAUCCGGCUUCUUCGUUAUUCCUCGGUAUGGCAAGACCGUACCCCUAUACACGGUUGGAAGAAUGCGCUUGGCAGCCGGAAGAUGUGGCUCGGCAUUUGGCGGCCCUUGCAAAUGGGAACUUCUCCGUCGAUUCUUCGAGCACGCAGCUCCUUAGCCACGGAUGGUCGACGCGCCAGAUUUCAACGUUACGACUUGAAUUUGGGGCGAAUCGAAUGCCAGGUGACGAUGGCGACAAACACAAGACGUUUAUGUCGCAAUACACAGCGUGCGUCUCGCCCAUUUUCACGGCGCUCGUCUCUCAGUUGAAAGAGCCAUUGAUUCUUAUGCUAUUGGGUUCUGCCGCCGUUUCUAUUGCUCUCGGAAACCAGUCGGAAGCAAUCAGCAUCGCCUUUGCACUCCUUAUCGUGUCCAUGGUUGCAGCGGUUCAAGAAUACCGAUCGGAGGCUGCUUUGGAAAAGUUGGCGACUCUCGUGCCACACACAUGUACAGUGCUACGGGACGGCCAAGUUAUCGAUGGUUUCUUUGCGAAGGAACUUGUUGUUGGUGAUCUAGUACUACUAGCAACUGGAGAUCGCGUUCCCGCAGACUGUCGUGUCGUCGACUCAGUAGAACUCAUAUUAGACGAAUCCUCAUUGACGGGAGAGAAUCAUCCCGUUGCCAAAACAGGUGAAGGCGUGGUGCUGGGAGCAUCGCCGCCUUUGACACAGCAAAAGAAUGUAGUCUUUGCAGGCAGUCUAGUUAAUGCCGGACGUGGACGGGCUCUUGUGAUUGCAGUGGGAGUCUCGACUGAGUUUGGGAAGGUGGCUACUGAAUUGAGUUCAGUUGCGAGUCGAAAGUCUCCGCUUCAAAUUAAAAUAGAUGAACUGGGCCAGCGAUUGGCUGGAUUGAGUUCGAUUGCAAUCUCAAUCAUCGCAAUGCUGGGUUGGAUUCUAGGCCGACCUUUCCUGGAAACCCUCACAGUAGCUGUGAGUCUUGCCGUAGCCGCCAUCCCGGAAGGCCUUCCUAUCUGUGUGACAGUAACUCUUGCACUUGGAGUGUUACGUAUGGCCAGAAGGAAUGCAAUCAUUAAAAAACUCCCAGUAGUUGAGUCACUUGGAUGCGCAACUGCCGUAGCCUCGGACAAAACUGGGACGUUGACACAAAAUGAGAUGACUGUUCGGACCUUAUUCGCACUUGCUUAUCCUAAAGCCAAAUUCGGAUUUACAGGUAUAGGGUACGGGUCCAAGUCGGGUAAUUUGGUGUAUCUGGAUGCUGACGGAUCGACUGGCCCAAAAGCUCCGUCCGGGAAAGUAACUUCAGAAUGCGACGAAUAUGCUGCCCUGUCAGCUUUACUCAAUACGGCGUGCCUGUGCAACAAUGCAACUCUUUUACAAUCGUUGGACUCAGAGUUGUCGGAAGGUCAUACUGGAGGUGCGCUGUCAGGUCAACCGACAGAGCUUGCACUUCUAGUUGCAGCUGACAAAGCAAAUCUUGAGGAUCCAAGAGCCCAGUAUCACCGUUUACAGGAGAUACCUUUCACGAGCGAUCGUAAACGGAUGGAAGUUCGUGCCCGUCCGGUUAGUGGACGACAAUAUGGUAGCCUUUACUUUGUCAAGGGCAUGCCUGAAAAGAUUUUAGGAGAGUGUUCGACAUAUGGUCAAUCAAAUGGGUCAGCAGAGCUUCUCGUAGAGGAUGACAGGGCCGAAGUGCUUCUUCAGGCUCGCCGGAUGGCUGCUGGAGGGCUUCGCGUUUUGGCCUUUGCAUACGGGCAAUCUUUAGGAGAGUUAGUAUUCGCAGGGCUCGUUGGGAUGGAGGAUCCACCAAGAGAAGGGGUGUGCGAUGCUGUGCGCCAGCUACGUCGUGGCGGGGUGAAAGUAAUGAUGGUGACAGGGGAUUCUAAAGAAACGGCAUUGGCAAUCGCUCAGCGGUGUGGUAUUUUAGGCAGCGAAAAUGGCGAUACAGCUGCGUUGAGUGGAGCCGAACUCGAUGCUAUAUCACCGCAAAACCUCGCGGAAAGUAUUUCUGGAGUCCGUGUUUUCUAUCGGGUGGCUCCUCGUCAUAAGCUAGCAAUUGUCAGAGCACUUCAAGAGCGUGGUGAUAUAGUCGCAAUGACGGGAGAUGGAGUGAAUGACGCCACUGCGCUGAAAGGUGCUGAUAUCGGGAUUGCUAUGGGAUUGAAAGGUACCGAUGUUGCAAAAGAGGCCGCAGAUGUAGUGUUGGCGGAUGAUGAUUUUAGGACGAUUACAAUGGCAAUUGCAGAAGGAAAAGGAAUUUUUUUCAAUAUUCGAUGUUUCUUGGCAUUUCAGCUGAGCACGUCAUUUGCUGCUCUAACGAUGGCCAGUAUUGCAACUGCAUUUGGGUUACCAUCUCCUCUCAACGCAACUCAAAUCCUUUGGAUAAACAUCUUGAUGGACGGCCCUCCAGCUCAAAGUCUUGGGGUGGAACCCGUUGAUGAAAAAAUUCUUCGCGCGAAACCGAGAAAAGCGGAUGAGCCUAUUGUUACACGGGCUCUUUUAUUGCGGGCUACUAGCAGUGCUGCAUUAAUUGUAUUUUUGACGCUGAAAGUGUUUUCCAAUGAGCUUGAUGACGGAGCCGUAAACCGCCGAGAUACGACCAUGACUUUCAUGAUGUUUUGCAAUUGCGACUUGUUCAACGCGUAUGUUUGCCGAUCUGCUGACAAGCCUUUCUACAAAAUUAACCUGUACAGCAAUCCAGCGUUUCUCUGGGCUAUAGGAGGUUCAGUUGUGGGACAGUUUCUUGUGGUGUACUGGCUUCCGCUUCAGAAAGUUUUUCAAACUGAAGCAUUGACAUUCUACGAUAUCGCCUACAUUGUGUUGCUCAGUUCAAUGGUCUUGUGGCUCGAUGCACUGAGAAAGACAUUCUUCCCUAGUGUCUUUUGCGAUGGAUACCACACUUCCCCUUUUGCGUCCAAGAAGACAAGCCGUAGUGCUGGUCUAAGGCAACACCACUCUUGGCUUAAUUUUCGUCGUUUUGACAAGAAUAAAGCGGAGCAAGCUGCUCGCUGGGCACCGAAGGAAGCCAAGGCAAAAACGCUUCUUGCACUAUAG